CCCACGAGAAAAUGUUUGUAAGGUGGAGGAGGACGGGGUUUUCAGUGACCAGCACCACGAUAACCUGGAGAGGAGCUGCAGCCCGGACCAGGAGGAACCAGGGCAUCCACAGACUACAGAACUGGAGGAAGACUCCAGCGGUCAGGAGAUGAAGCACGAGGACGUAGAGGUGGAUGUCUCAUUGGUCAAUCUCGCUGAUGUGAAAGUUGAAAAUGAUGAACCAGGACCAAACUGUGGCCAGCUGCUGUUGCACACUUCUACUGAAGCUCAAAACAAAGAUGAGGAAGGGACUGAAAGUUUACGCUCAGACUCCAGUAAAACUGCAGAUCCGGAGCCAAUGAGACGACACGGUGACCACGAAGAGGCUGCUGUCCCGUCAGACAGCAACUGUAAAUCAAAGCUGAUCAGGACCCACAUGGGGAAGAAGGUAUUUUCUUGCAGCACUUGCAGGAAAGAGUUCAGUAAAAGUUGUAAUUUAAUGGAUCACGUGAAGAUCCACACUGGCGAAAGGCCGUACCUGUGCAACACCUGCGACAAAACCUUUACUACAUUAUCAAAUCUUAAACGGCACAUAACCACGCACACGGGCGAGAAGCCCUACAUUUGCAAAACAUGUGGAAAAAGUUACACAGAACGUUCCAACCUGGUGAUUCACUCGAGGACCCACACCGGCGAAAAGCCGUACCUGUGCAACACCUGCAGCAAAACCUUUACUAAUUUAUCAGCUCUUAAAAGCCACAUAACCACACACACGGACGAGAAGCCCUACAUCUGCAAAACAUGUGGAAAAAGUUACAGGCUACGUUCCACCCUGGUGGUUCACUCGAGGACCCACACUGGCGAAAGGCAGCACCUGUGCAACACUUGCGGAAAAACCUUUACUCAAUCAUCACUUCUUAAACGCCACAUAACCACGCACACGGGCGAGAAGCCCUACAUCUGCAAAACAUGUGGAAAAAGUUACAGGCUACGUUCCACCCUGGUGAUUCACUCGAGGACCCACACUGGUGAAAAGCCGUACGUGUGCAACACCUGCAGCAAAACCUUUACUAGAUCAUCAUCUCUUAAAAGCCACAUAACCACGCACACGGGCGAGAAGUGAUAUUUGUGCAAGACGUGUUGAUGUUUUUAAAAAGAGGCUCAAGACCCAUCUCUUUAAUCAGGCUUUUAACUGACUCAUUUAACUCUUUUAAAUUUUUUAUGCUCACCCUUAUUUUUAUUGGAUCUUACUGCUCUGUUUUAUAUUUAGUUUAUCCUUUUUUUA